AGGUUAGGCAUAUUGCGGGAGGCAUGAGCAUAGGAUGAGCGACGCGUCUUCAGCGAUUGUAAGAAUAGAGUGUUAUUCAAGAUGAUGCAAUUUGAGGAAGAGGGUGAAACGUUGAAAGAUAAAUCCCGAUGCGCGAACAUUCGCGCUGAUCUCAAAAUGUGUUUGCUUCAAAGCGAUUGUUGUAAAAUCUAUAAACGCACUCCCAAAGAAUGCCUCAGAUCACAUGAUAGUACAGUUCCGGAUGAAUGUUUUGCUUUACAGAGGACAUUCUUUGAAUGUAAACAUUCUAUAAUUGAUGGUAGACGGCGAUUUAGAGGUCCUAGGGGAUAUUAAAUGUUGAAAUAAAUAUAUGUAUGUGACAUAAUUACAACAUUAUUAUAUAAGUUAUGUAUUAAUAAAACAUUGUAUCCUUUUUCUAUUGGAUACUUUGUAAUUAAAUGUCAAAUGUAUAUAUUAAAUGCAAAAAGAACUUAAGAAAAUGUAAAAAUAUAUUUUAUUGAUAAGAAAGGGAAAAUCAACGUUGUAUAACGUUUAAUGUUAGAAGUAAUUUAUUGUUAUUCGUUGUACACGAUUUAAUAAAUCUAUUAUACUCGCGAA